UCAAUUAGAACUUUCCGGAGCAAUGGUUGGAGAAAUCGCCGAAACCCCAGAAGGCACUGCGUCACGGAGAGUAGGUGGGGAAGAGUCUCGUUGGGAAAUGUAGUCGCUGUAUUGCAUGUCACCCUCUUAGACCCCGGGCUCGUAGAAGGGAUAAGAACAAUGGGAUAGCUGCUUGCAGACAAAAUAGAAUCACCUGUCUACAUGGUAUUUUUUGUGAAAACUGUGAGUACCAACUCAGCUGGCAUCAUGGAUAACCGGUGUUAUGGCUGUGCAUCCAAGUUUACUAUCUUCAAGAAACAGUGUGGUUGCAAGGGUUGUGGUCGAGGAUUUUGCUCAAGCUGCCUUGGAUUCAGUGCCAUUGUUCCCCAUUGUGGGGACACUCAGCAGAAGGUUUGCAAGCAAUGUCACAGGGAGUUAACAAGUGGAUCAUCUCAGUCAAAUUCAGGUAGAUGGUCUCCCCCAGAGAACUAUAAGAAGCGGAUUGCAGCUCUUGAAGCCAAGCAGAACCAGCCCCAGAGGCCUCAGGCUCAGAGCCAGACAGACCCCAGAUAUCGAGGGCUAUCAAAAGAGGAUCGGUUCCUAACAGACAGACUGGAGAGGCUCAGGAAGGCAACAAGGCCCAAGUCUAUUCCAUCCCAGGCGGAGAUAGAAUCUAGGCUGGCAGCACUGAAAGCUGACUCUGGAAGACCCGCUCCGUCAGCCCAGGAGAUGGAGGACCGUCUGGCAGCCUUGCAGGGCAGAACACUUCCAUCUACAGCUCUCAGGCCUGUAUACCAGGUCUCCAGCAGCAAGACACAGGUUGAACAGUCAGAUGGCUUGCUGAACCAGAUGGCUGAGGAAGUCACCAUUGAUGAGAGUGGGGGCUUCAGAAUUACAUCUCAAGAAGUGAGGACACAGAAUUUGAAUGAUUUAAAUCAAACAGAUGGUACUGCAGGCGUCUCAGAUCUGCCUUUCAGGCAGUUGGAGGAGGAGAAAAGUAAACUAUUGGCACAGGCUGCUGCUGAACUCAGGGAGGAGAACACCAGGGAGGAAAAGAUUUUGGAAGUGGCCAAGCGACUGGCAGUCUUAAAAGGCAAAGAUCCUGAGACAGUUACUUUGGAUGAUUACAAACUCCCCAAUAGUGAUGAAGAAGAGGAAGAAGCCAUUCAGAGAGUUUUGAAACAGCUUACUGAGGAGGCAGCUCUGGAUGAAGCAAGUGGCUUCAAUAUUUCCCCAAAUCAGUCUGCGACUGUGCCGUGGAAUCCCACUGAGAAAACCAAGGCACAAGCUCCAGUUGCUGCUAAACAUCUAAUUUUGCCUACAAAAGCAGCAGACAGUGAUGAGGAAGAAUUACCCUGGUGCUGUAUCUGCAAUGAAGAUGCCACUGUGCGCUGCCACAGCUGUGAUGAUGACCUCUAUUGUCCGCGAUGCUUCAGGGAAAGCCAUGAUGAGUAUGAUUGGAAGGAGCACAGAACAUCUGGCUAUCGUCCUCCCUGCCAGCAAAAAUGAGCCCAAACAGCAUGAGGGGAAGGGUCCAAAAAAGAUGGUGGCCAGAAGGGUUUUCUACUGUGUACAAGCCGGGCCACAAAGAGCAACUCUGGAAUAUUAAGGAAGGGCAAAGCUAUCCUUGGCAAGAAGAAGGCAGCUGCAAUGAAGUUAAAGGAGGCACUGAAGCUGGUUUGUUUUGUGGAUAAGCCAAGGAGAGUGGUAUGGUCAAACAGGAAGCUUACUGUGCAUCAGAGGGCCAUGAUUAGUGGAGAAAUACAGUGUGAAUAUUUGCAAAGAUAAUAAAUGAUAUGAAGAAAAUAA